AUGCAGUGCGUGGGUUCCUGCGAAACGUCUGGUUCGGGUCCUGGUUCGACUUUCGCAGCGGGUUCUCAUUCUACAAGAUACACUGCCCGAGACAGUACCGGGAAUCAAGCAACUUGUACUGUAUCUUUUACGGUCAUUGUGAGAUGCACCUCAUUGAGUCGCCCUACCCAUGGUUCUGUAUCUUGUUCAAACUCUGCCAAUGUUGGUUCCUUCUGUACCUACUCCUGUUCGACGGGAUACCGGACAUCAGGGGUGACUGUUACAAGAUUUUGUUUCGGGUCUGGGACUUCUGGUAAUUGGAGUGGCUCUGCCCCUGCGUGUGUUCGUAUAUCAUGUGGCGCACUCUCCAGUCCGUCCAAUGGUCGAGUCAGUUGCUCUGACAGCAGUUACUACAACAGCCUCUGCAGUGUAUCCUGCAACGAGGGAUACACUCUUCAGGGCAGCUCUGUACGUGCGUGUGGAGAAUCUGGAAGUUGGUCAGGCUCCAACCCUUCCUGUGCAGAUACCACUGCACCGGUCUUCACUGGAUGCCCCCCGUCCCAGACUGUAUAUGCUCCCGCACUGUCCUCAAGUGCAACGAUCAGUUGGUCAGCACCAACUGUAUCCGAUAACUCAGGAGAAUCCAUCACCCCCCGUCUUGACCGUGGGUCAACUGCACCAGGAACUUCUCGUCCAGAAGGCACCCAUACCGUAGCUUAUGUUGCUGUGGAUAGCUCAGGAAAUGAAGCCUCUUGUCGAUUCUCUAUCACUGUUGAAGUUAUCCGCUGCAGCAGUCUCUCUGCUUCUGCUCCACUCCAAGUGGCCUGUCCAGACGGUGCAAUAAGAGGCUCUGUAUGUACGUACGGCUGUGGUGUCGGAUACAGGCUCCGGGGUCAAAGGCCAAAUGUCAAAUGCCAGAAGAGUGGUUCAGCCGGUUCAUGGAGUCAGCCACCGCUAACCUGUCAGAGAAUCCACUGCAGGAAGCCUGACCUCACCACGGCUCUUCAGAUCAUCACCACCCAGGCCUGCCCCACUGGCGACCGGGUACCGUCUGGCAAUCAGUGUCACUUCUCCUGCGGCACUGGGUACUACCUCACUGGGAAUGCCGCCCUCACAUGUCAACAUGAUCGAACCUGGAAUCUAGCCGUACCAACGUGUCACUUAAUAACCUGUUCAGGUAGUGACCUUCCUGCCCCAGUCAAUGGAGAGAAGCGUGGAUGUUCCUCUUCCAGUGAGAACUACGGAGCGGUCUGCACCCUGGCGUGUAAUGAUGGGUAUCUACCAGCCACGCCCGUUCAGAGGACCUGCUCCGACGAUGGUAACGGUGGUGAGAACGGAGUCUGGGCAGGACCUGAUCUGACUUGUACAAAUCCAGUGCCACUUUGAGAUGACGUAGUCCGUCGAUGCGGAGCUCAACAACCGGUGGUACGCGGCACCGGUGUAGCAGAGACGGCUUGGUUCAACACAAGGGAAUUACGUUUUCGAUGAGAAAUAGACCUGGCCAAAAUCUUGACAUGAUUGUAAUAAAUAUUUAGAAGUGAUGCCAGAGAUGCAAUGCAAUGUGGGUUUUGACUGAUUUUUGAUUAAGCUACUUGUACAAAGUUAUAUGAAUAAGUUUGGAGUAGAAAAAGGGCGGCCUAUACCCUAAAAUUUACA